AUGGAGAUUUCUGAGAGCCACAUUCUCGGGGAUUCGGUCUUCCACUUGGAAGCCCGGGGAGUGCUCGCUCCACAAGUCCAACCCGAAGUCGUCGUUCGGAUUCGCUUCACCUACUUCUACUGUUCGAGUGACACCCUCUCCACCGUCCCCACCAUGAUCCAUCGCUUCCAUCUGGGCCAGAUCCCGUUACCCAGGGCUCUUCCGGUGAUCGUCUCCUUCAUGGCAACCCGCGUCUAUCAACCAGAUGGCCCGCUUUGCGACGUCCUGCUGCGCCGCUUCUCCUCCCGAGUCGCAGCGCAGAUGACGGCUGUACCGGCGCUCGAGCUGCUCGUCCACAUGGGCCUGCUCCUCGGACCCGCUGAGUUGAAUGAAGACGUCGAAGUCAUGCAUGACUGGAUGCUGGAGAAUACUUCAGAGGAAGAAGAGGAGAUGGCUGCUGAUGUGUUUGAUUACGUUCUUUACGAGGGUCUUGAUGCCGGCCAUGGUGGAUCUCAUGGUGUGCAGGCCGGUGGUUCUUGCUUUGAGAGGCUGCAGCGUUUCACAUAUGGCCGAGGAGACGGCGUUCGGGAGGAGCAGUGCGUGAUAUGUUUGGUGGAGUUUGAUGCCCAGGCGGAGGUGAGCAGGAUGCCAUGUUCUCAUACCUUCCACAGCCGGUGCAUCAUCCGGUGGCUGGAGAUGAGCAACGUCUGCCCUAUUUGCAGAUCCCAGAUGCCCACGGCCAGCUCCAAUUGA